CAUCAACGAGCGUGCAUCGUCAUCCACGCGCUGCGCCACUGCACAUUUGGGAGGAGGGUAAAUGCACUCGGCGCGAACGCCAGCUGCGCAGCUGUCUCUCAGCUGACAGCCGUGGCUACUACCGCUAUCGUACGCCGCCGUCGUCUCGUGCGCGCCGGGAUUUAGACCAAAAGUAGUAAUUGAGUGUGAUUGUGAUAAGCCGGGCGUGGGCCAGGGGUAGUAAUGAGGCAAGUGAUAAACUAAGCUCGCCCAAGGCGUGGACGUAGAUGUGCGAUACCGCUCGACGGGCCAGUCUUGUACGUGCGCCGGUUCGUGACCGUGGCAUACGUGGUGUGGCUGUCUCCCGUCUGUGAUUUGUCCGAAAAUGUCAUCCAUCGAGCGUGACGAUGACGGUGGCGGAUCGGAUGCGGCGUUCGAUCGUAUUAUGGAGUCCAUCGGCAACGAUGGACCCUUUCAGCGGCGGUACAACAUCAUCUUUAACGUGGUGGCAGUGCUGUUCUUUGCCAUGGUCGUUGUGAAUGUGUUGCUCAUACUUGCCGUACCGGAUCAUCGGUGUAGCGCGCCACAGCGCAAUGAGACGGUGGCGGAGGAGCGUUGGAAUGAUUUUGUUUAUCCCAAAGAACACAACAGUCGAGGAGAGUUUGUGCACAGCUCGUGUCUCAUGUACAACGUAUCCUGGAGUGAAGUCAACGCCAACAGCAACACAACAAUCCAACCACAGACAAUGAGUUGCAUUUAUGGAUAUGAGUAUGAUCGUUCCUACUACGAUCGCACACCGGUUACGGAGCAGAAUUGGGUCUGCGAGAAGGAGCUCUACGGUACCAACGUGUUUGCCUUUGUCCGCGUUUCGGAAGUAUGCGGCACAUUCAUCCUCGGACAGCUCGGUGAUCGUAUUGGACGACUACCGGUGUAUAUGUUUAGCAUCCUAACGGCCAUCGUAGGGCGAGUGUUCGCUGCCUGGAGUGCUUCGCAUUAUUGGCUCUUUGCCCUACUUGCCUUCAUCGGGAGCUUCUCGACCAAUACCUCCUUCCAAUCGCCGUUGAUCAUUCUGAUGGAGAUCUCCAAGGAUGCGAACCGAGCUUCGUUAUCCCUUUGGCAGCUAAUUGGCUGGACGAGUGGUAUCUGCAUAGCGCCGCUAAUACUGUGGUGGAUGCGGGAUUGGUUUUGGUUCAUGAUCCUCACCUCGGCCCCGUGCAUCCUGUUCUACUGCUUUCCCCAGUACAACAUCGAGUCUCCGCGAUGGCUCGCUAGCCAGGGCCGAUAUGGUGACUGUCUGGUGCAACUACGCAAGAUUGCCACCAUCAAUGGGCGACCACUGGACUUAACGGAGGACCAACUUCGGACCCUCAUCCCUCGGACCGAACAGGAGAAAACGUAUGGCAUCGCAUCACUGUUCGGUGGUUGGCAUAUGAGUAAACUGACGACGCUAUUGCUGCUAAGCUGGAUCUGCAACACGAUACCGACGCUCACCCUGUUUCUCAUGAGCCUACAGAUGGGUGGUAAUCCGUUUCUGAACAACUUCUGGCAAGGUGCGGUCGAGCUGCCCGCCUAUCUGCUUGGCCAAAUCUGCUGCGAUCGUAUCGGUCGUCGGUUCACCAACAGUGGCGCCUUUCUCGGUGCAACACUCGCCUGCAUCCCGAUCGUGCUGCUCAUACACCGGCCCGGUACCGACCUGUACGUCACCAUGCUGGCCAUCGUGGUAAAGUUCUUCGUCUGCGUCACCUACUUCGCGCUCUAUCUGCAAUCGGUCGAGAUGUAUCCGACUUCGCUGCGCCAAACCGGCACCUCGUUCGGUAUCAUCGUCUCCAACGUGUUCGGGGCCCUCGGUCCGUACAUUGUGUUUCUCGGCACCAACUACGACAUCCGGUUGCCGUUCGUCGUGAUGGCACUGAUUGGUCUGAUAGGGGCGACGAGUUCCGUCUUCCUGCCCGAAACACUUCACCAGAAGCUACCGGAAACGCUGGAAGAGGGCCGCCGCUUUGGCCGUGAGCAACGGUUCUGGACGAUACCGAAACGGUCGCCGACGGCCACCAACCGGGACGCGCGAGCCGCCAACGAGCGAGAACUGGAAAAACUCAACAAAACCACCGACGCCGGUGACAGUCGCGGUAGUAGUUAGUCCAUCAAACUCCGUCCCGCUAGUAUUCGGUAUUCCGGCGGCCCCAAAACCGCCCAAAAAUGUGCACCAACAGCUCGGUUCCGACGGCGUGUUGGGGUGGGUGCCCCUUUUUUUUGGUAGCUCAUUUCCCUUGUUCCCUUGUGAGUGGCGCCGGCGGAUAAAAAAAAGAAUGUGCCCUUCCGGGAGGGAAAAACUGUAAACUCUCGGCGAGGAAAAGCGAAUGCCAGCACACGUGGCGCUGGCUAGAGGAGAUGAAGACGCCUGGAAUGCUUUUCAUGUUGAUCCGAGGCUCACAUACACACAACCUCACACUCUCGCUCCCUUCCGACACUACACCAGACCAACAACACGGUAUUCGCGGUUCGUUUGAGCGUUUGACCGAGAGAUGGAGAGAGAAAGAGAGAAAGAAGAGAUAAAGUAGAAGAAAGACUUUACAUAAUUUACAUUCCACCGAGACUUGGUACGUAGAUGGCGUACGUAGGGAGUACAAAGCAAACAAAGCAAACAAAAUGGCCAUAAAAAAGGCGCUGCAACUAAACUUCCAACACCGUCCCACCGGAAAAUGUAAACCGGAGCAACCUGCCCCCCGCGCAGAAAGUGACCCUCUUUUACGCUCGCCACGUGCCACGACGGCAGAUCGCGCUGAAAACAAUAACCGCGAAACCGCGGCGCUUGGACUAAACAGUUUAGAUGGGGAGGGAGGAGAGGGAGUAUAGAGUAGCAACACCACGCAGUGGCAACAAAAGUGACAACGGCAGAACAUCGGGGAGCAGAUCACGAGCUCAGGAUCAUGCCAGCAACUGCAGCAGCUGGAAACUGAAUAAAAUCCAAGAUGGCUAUGUUGCAAAGGUUGCUUGGUAUCUUUUUUUUUCUGCCAUGCACACGCGGCACUACCGGAACGCUUCCGGUGCAUUCGGUGCUCGGAGAGGAGCCCGGACGAACAUUCAUAAAUCCCGCACAGCAAGAGCAAAUCCCAAAUUUGUACCUCCCCAUGAGUUGGUUCAUGUUGCACUUGCAUAAUGGUGGUAGAGGGUUAUCAUGGUCCAAUCCGCACCCUGGUCAUGGGUGGACGUAUGUUUGAAUGUUUCAUAACACAGCCCUUCAACAUUUCUGGAUGGUGUUGCCGUCGCUGUUACUACUCCUGGUGCUGCUGAUGCUGCUGCUGGUGCUGGGGAAAGGUACUCUAGUCGAGAUGCUAUUUGUUAGUAAUUGAAUCUUCCAAUUUUCAACACGUAUUUUUCGUUAUAGUCACUAAAAUAAUUGCAAAGGUUGUAGGUAGAUAUAAUUGUCGCUAAGGCGUAACGACAUGAAACUUUUAGAUAGUGAGUUGUUGAAAUGGAAAAACUAAUAAUAAAGUAGUUUUAAAACAAAUUGA